AUGCGAGUCGCCGUCAAGAGGCAUCGCCCGACGAGCGAUUUCCUUUUGGAUGAGCUUCCCGUGCCCUCUCAGCCGUCCGAUCAUCAGCCUACUGAUCGAAGCAGCUCGCGCACCGUUUCCCAUGCUUCAGCUCCGGCUAGAAGAGAUCGGAGCCGCUCUCGCGCCGUUUCCGAUAAACCAGCUCCAGCUGGCACUCGCCGGAUUGAUCACUUCUUUCUGACAAAAGAAAUCCCGAUGCAGACCGAACAAUCCCUAAUUGAGACCGAGGAAGCCCCAAUUGAGACCGAGGAAGCCCCCAUUGAGACCGACGAAGGUCCAAUUGAGACCGAUGAAGCUUCAAUAGAGACCGAGGAAGCUUCAAUUGAGAUCGACGAAGGUCCAAUUGAGACCGGUGAAGGGCCAAUUGAGACCAACGAGUCCUAG